AGGUCUUGUCAAGGCAAGUUUCGUUAUAAAAAUCAGCCAAGUUAACUCGUAAGAGAUGGCUGCGACAAUUAGAUCCAAUGGAACUGAAGAUAAUCAAUAUGAAGAAAUUGGGAAAGACAACUUURGUACUGUGGAAAUGAAACCAUGUAUAUCAUCUAAGUCAUCACUGGAUCCUACCGACGCAGACGAUGCCGGUGGCAAGAUAGAUGCGACAUCAAAAAACCAAGCGUCCAUUGAACACAUCGUGCAACACCCCGCCKACAAUGACUUCAUGAGAAGUGUAUUCAAGUACAAAGAGAGAGUUCUCUUAGCAUUCUUGGUGUUUUUCAUGAUUAUUUCGUUGGCGUCGCUGGUCAUCAACAUUUUGAUUUUGAACGGAGUCGUUCAGGUACCUAGUUGUAGAGUUGCUGGAAAAAUGGAGGGCGGUCCWAAAAAAGUUGAAGAAAUGGAAAAGAGCAUCAAAGAGCUUAAGUCUCGGAUGAUAUCAGCUAUUAGAAAUAUAAGUUCCAACGCUGUAAACAGAACAGGAGUCGCUGGACCACCAGGCCCACAAGGACCUCCUGGGAUCAAUGGAACUAAUGGAGUCCCUGGCCAAAAUGGUUCCAAAGGAGACAAAGGUUCUCAAGGUGUUCCUGGUUCGCCAGGUAGUAAUGGUCUUCCUGGUCCUCCUGGGGCAAUCAACUUGACAUUAUGCAGGUUUKCUACAAAGAAAAGUACCAAAGUAACUGCAGACGAUCUAGCCAAAACCGACGUAACAUUGGAUGAACCAGUGGAUCAAAGGAUUGUGGGAGUCACGUGUUCAUCUAACAAUGCUGCAAUCAUGUUGUUCUCAUCUGGAGUGACCAAAAACAGAAGAUUUUACAAAUGCGCAUGUGGUGGUAAAAAUACCAUUUUAAAUGGAGAUGCACUUAUGUACUGUUCCAUUAACUACUGGAGUUGUCCGCUGGUCACUUAGUUCAAUUGUUCGCAUAUGGACAGUAGUGACUAGUUAUCAAAAAAGGAAGAUUUACUUUUUUUAUUAUUGUUAUUUUUUCUAAAUGUUGCGACGGGCCAAGGUAGUAGUAUGAGUAGUAAUAAUAGUAGUAUAAUUUAUAUGCAUAGACUGACACGGUACUACUACGAUCCACGUUAAAACAUUUUACAUGGAAAUUUACUCUUUCGAUAUCUGAUUUUACUUCCAAGAUAUUCACAUCUAUCUUCAUAGAUUGUCGCUAUGCAACUUACKGUGAACUAUGCAACUUUGUAUAUAGUUUUUAGAAUAAAGAAAACUUAUUAACUUGUAUCAAGACGAUGUAUCAGUCAUGAUGGUGAUAAUAU